UUCAGCGCCAUCUCCAAUUAGAUGCUCCCAUAAUUAAUUAAUUUUUAAACACUUAAACAAAAACCUGAUUUGGAUAAUAAUGAGAUCGUGUUUUUUUUCCUUUGAUCAUAUUUAAAUCCGACGAAUUUGUUGUUUAUCUUAACAAUAACACCGCCGCAAAUUUUGUUUAAAUUGCAUAAGAACAACAAAAAUUAAUAUUAGUAAAAUCUAGCUUAAUGGAGAUUAUAAAUGAUGUUAAAGGAGAAAAAGAUGAAUUAUCGGUUUUACAAUCGACAUUUUUGUUGGAUAAUAUCGGAGAAGUUUCUCUCACUCUCAAUUCCGAUGGAUUGUCUUGGCAAUUGCUCGAAUCCUUCGACACUGAUGAUUCCAUUUGUUUAGGAAUUAAAUUUAUUCCUAAACUUGCAACUGACAUAAAGUUUUCUGACAUGUAUGGUGCUGAAUUGGUCGACUACGGUUUAGUUCAUGGAUCGAAUUACCCUAAUGUUGGAAAGUAUCUUAUGAGUCGCAAGUGUCACGAUUCUGAGAUGCAUCGAUUUGCAGUACAUGGAUUUCAAAAGUCUCAGUCUCAGCCCUGUCUUUGGGUUUUAACUGAAUAUAAAUUUGGUCACAAAGAUUUGCGGACUUGUCAACUAUGGGUUGGAAGAAUUAAGGCUUUGCUAAAGAUGGAAGUGGACAGGCCAAAAAGUCUUCUGGUUUUCAUAAAUCCAAGGAGUGGGAAAUCAUGUGGCUGUAGAACCUGGGAAACUGUGGCUCCUAUAUUUUCACAUGCGGGUGUGGAAGCAAAGGUUGUUGUAACAGAGAGAGCAGGGCAUGCAUUUGAUGUGAUGUCAUCUCUUGGAAACAAGGAACUUAAGUCAUAUGAUGGUGUCAUAGUUGUCGGUGGUGAUGGCUUCUUUAAUGAGAUCCUCAAUGGAUUUCUUCUUUCUAGGCAUAAAGCUUCUCACCCACCAUCUCCUUCAGAUUUUAUUCAUUCUGAUGAGAGCAAAGGCAAUGCUUCAGCUCACGGUUUAAAUAAGACUGUUAUUGAAGCUGCUUGCAAAAAUGAAGCUAAUGCUCCACUUAUUUCAAGCUCCACAAAUAAUGAAUCCGGGUUAGGAAAUGUUGGAACUGUAGAUGGUCCUGACAACACUGAUGAAGAUCUGGAGUUUCCAUAUCUCCAAGAAAAAAUCAGAUUCGGAAUUAUUCCUGCUGGUUCAACAGAUGCCAUCGUGAUGUGUACAACCGGAACACGAGAUCCUAUAACAUCUGCAUUGCACAUUGUGCUGGGUAAAAGGGUGCAUCUUGAUAUAGCUCAAGUUGUUAGAUGGAAGACGUCAUCUACAUCUGUUACUGAACCUUAUGUGCGUUAUGCGGCUUCUUUUGCGGGGUAUGGAUUUUAUGGGGAUGUUAUUACUGAGAGUGAAAAAUACCGCUGGAUGGGCCCUAAACGCUAUGACUAUGCAGGAACGAAGGUGUUCUUGAGACACAAAUCCUAUGAGGCAGAAGUAGCAUAUGUAGAAACUGAUCCAGGAAAAAGUAAUUCAACUAUUGGAAAAGGUCAUCUACUUAGCAGAAUUAAAGGUGCAUUGGAAAAAUCAGAAAGAUCAGUUUGUCGCAUAAAUUGUAGUGUCUGUAAACCUGUUCAUGUAUCUGCAAGAAGUCCCCGAGCAGCACCUUAUUCACGUCCAGAAGGCAUUAAAUGGGUGAGACGCCGAGGACAUUUUCUGAGUGUUGGUGCUGCUAUAAUCUCUAACAGAAAUGAAAGAGCACCAGAUGGUUUAGUGGCUGACGCACACCUUUCAGAUGGCUUCCUGCAUCUCUUGUUGAUUAGAGACUGUCCUCGCGCUUUUUAUUUAUGGCACCUAACCCAGCUCGCGAAAAAAGGGGGAAAGCCCCUGAAUUUGGAGUUUGUGGAACACCACAAGACCCCGGCUUUCACAUUUACUUCAUUCGGCAAUGAGAGUGUUUGGAAUCUGGACGGUGAGCUCUUUCCGGCACAUAAACUAUCGGCACAAGUAUUUCAAGGGCUUAUUAGCUUAUUUGCAUCUGGUCCUGAAGUCUAGUACGCCUUUCCUGAUAAAUAUAGUUAACACUGUAAUUAGACUAUUUGAUGGUUUCAGUUUCGUAUUAAUCGGGGUAAAGCUAAUAACUGUAAGAGAGAUCUAGGAACAGCCUGGAUUUAUGUUGUAACUUUAUGUAUCAUAAUAGCAAAGAAGCCUAAGGAACAUUGAAAUUGAUACAGAAGAAAGUAAAUUUUUGGAGUGUUUUGUGAAUUGUAACCACAUUAAUAAAAAAAUUAUUGUCCUUUUCGUUUGGAA